UGCGCCCGGCGCCACCACCGCAGUCCGACCCACUACGCCCAACCCGGGCAAGGACAUCCCAGCCCAACCAGAGGCCCAGUGCGGCUUCCAGGGUCUCUCCGGCCAGGCGCUGUUCAUGGACGCCCAGGAGAUCUGUCAGAAGGACGUCCAACUGAGCCAACUGCGGGAUUGUACCAUCACCCUGAGCGGCAACCCCGCCACCCUGCACCUCAGGAGCUGAGUGGGUGCCGGGUGCUGUGUGGGCCCGUCUCCACCUCCAUCUUCGUGGACAAUUGCCGCGACUGCCUCUUCGCCUUUCCCUGCCAGCAGCUGCGCACCCACACCACCCGCGACAGCCGCUUCUACCUGCACGUCACCAGCCGGGCCAUCAUCGAGGACUGCACCAAUCUGAGGUUCUCCCCCUUCACCUGGAGCUACCCGGAGAUCCUGGAGGACUACCGGCUGUCUGGGCUGGACAGGAGCCGCAACAACUGGGACCAGGUGGACGACUUCAACUGGCUGGCUAUGGGGGUGAAGUCUCCAAACUGGAGUGUGAUCCCCGAGGAGGAGAGGGUCACCACUGGAAGUGAAACCUCAUACUGUGCUGUGUUCACUGGGGGGCCUCAGUUGCAUUUUACUUACAUAGAAAUCAAUAUGCCGUAA